UCUUGAGACGCGAGAGAGGAGUGUAUGCGAAGGUCUUGCUCACUAUUAUUCACACAAAUGUAUCUUAAAUCUUAUAUUGCGUUUUGUAAACAGUCUUAACAGGUGGCCCAUUUACAGGUUUACCAUAGACAAUACCAGAAGGUAAUGUAGCUACAAGAUCAGACAGCGUAGGAACCACAUCCUGCAGAGGCCUUGGGUGGUUCCACACUUAUGUUCAUUGAGAACUUCAAUAUCAGGACAAUAUUACGUCUAAUAAUAUAUUAGAAACAAGUUAUGAGGCUUUUAAUGUACUCUAAGUGGAAUUUAUGCUUUGAAAGCUUAUGGGGGAGGGGGUAAAAAAAAGGCAGCAAGGACCAUUUAAAAGUAUUUAAAGGAAGAGGACUUCGAUAAACACGUGAAUAUUUUUAGAUGAGGCACCGAAAAACAACCUGAAACUAUAACAAAAUAAGUUGGAAGCAGACUAACAUAUAGUGAGUUCAUGCACACAUCUAUUUCUGCUGUGGUAACAUAUAUAUCAACAUGCAACUACGAAGCUUAAGGAAGAGCGACUUCGUUGCUGCCGUGUGUUUCCCAGCGUCGUUCAUCCUGUGUGUUCAUGUGAUGCUCCUGCCCCCUCUCAUCCAGCCCUCAGUCUCACCCCAGGGGAACACAGCAGGGGCGGUGCGAGCGGAGGUCGGGUGGGUGCGGGUGGGGCCGCCCCUCAACAUGACGGGGGAGAGUUUGGAGGAGGUGCUGCUGGUGAUGCCCCUCCUCCGCUGCGGCACAACCUCCCUCAAGAACCUCCUCAUUCACCUCUCGACAAUCAAUUCCUUCAACUUCACCCUCAACCCACCCACCAAGUCACAAGUCGUCCACAUACCCAGUCUAGCCGUCCAGAAAGACAUCGCCAAGAAUAUUUCUGCCAUCAGCAAUCCGAUGGCUAUGAUGGAGUCUUACGCUUACAUCAACUUUACCAGAUUCGGGAGGAAGAAGCCGAUAUUGGUGAGCAUGGUACGUGACCCAGUAGAGAGGGCUGUCAGCUGGUACUACCACGUGAGGGCACCUUUCCACCUGGUUGAGCGCAAAGGUCUCUUUCCAGACAUCAGGUUUCCUAGCAGGAGGUUCUUGAAGAAGGACCUGGAGUCUUGCCUGAAGAACGCCCAGGAUGUGGAGUGUCGCUACACCCCCGGCAGAGAAGUCCUCGGUCACACUAUCGAGUUCUUCUGUGGACACGACCCUUACUGCCCGAUAUUCGGCUCAAGGAAGGGACUGGAGCAGGCUAAGAGGGUGGUGGAGACGGAGUUUGCUGUGGUGGGGGUCCUGGAGGAGUGGGACAAGACCCUGGCAGUGUUGGAGCACUACGUCCCUCGCUACUUCAACACGGCCACACAAGUCUACUACAAGGAGCUACACGGAAGCAAGCGACUAAGGAACGAAAACUUCUACAAGCCCAAGGUGGAGCAGGCAGCCAAGGACUUCAUGAGACGGAACUUCACCCUGGAGGCCGAGUUCUACGACUUCGUCCGUCAGCGCCUUCUUCGACAGUACAGCGCCAUAAGUGGCACUCCCGAUACCUCCUGAAACAAGCCCUACAACUGAAACAAGCCCUACACCUCCCGACACCCCCUAAACCUCUAAAUACCUCGUCCUAAAAUCAAAACCCGGAGAAACAAAGGCUGAAAUAAUUAUUCACUUUUCUUUCUUUCCCACCACUGAGAUUCAGGGAUGGCUUCAGGACUGGGGAAAAUAUAUUAAACACUUCGGUGAUAUCACAUGCCAAAAAUCAGUACCACAGUGUACAAGGUGCAGCUUAAUAGCUUAACAAAAAAAAUUAGAAUAAAAACAAAUGCAUUCCCAGGAGAUGAUAGCCUUGUAUGUAUUCCUCAGUGUGCGUCAUACAACACCAGCCAGAGAUGAUAAUGUUUGUCUUCCUCUACAUGCAUAAAAUACAUCAGCCAGAGGCGAAAGCCAAACCUCCGUUGUCCCCAAAUCAAAAGCACAAAUGUUGCUGGAUAUUCCAGAUAUUUGUUGUUCCCAAAUCAAAAGCACAAGUAUUGCUGGAUAUUCCAGGAACAGUCAGGCUGCUCAUCAGCGUCCCCUCAAGGAGGUUCCUUGACGCUGGUGAGGGGCUCUUGAUCUAGGGAAUUGGAUCUGUGCUCCAGCUCCCUGAAUUGAGCCUGAAUGCCUUCCACCCCCCCCCCCUCCAGACGGUGUAUAAUCCCGACGGGUUUAGUGCUCCCCCAUAAUAUUAAUAUAAUAAUGCUCAUCAGCGUCAAAGCAAUUGCUACCAGAGAGACUUGUUACUAGUCAAACAGGCAAACAUCCGUCCAGGUCUUCUAAAAAGGAUAAUGAUCCUCGCGUCAUGUCAUAUCCUCGUAGCUAGAUCGCUAGCGCAUUCAUCUCAGAUCUCACACACAGGUCCGGGGAUCGAUCCCCCAGUAUGGCUGGAAAACAUUAGGACGUUUCUAUAAGUCAUCUGCCGCUCAAUGUUCACCUACAAGUAAAUGGGGCACCUGAAUGUUAGUCGACUGGUGCGGGUCGUCAUGGGAUGAAAUUAACCUAAUUUGCCCGAAAUGUCUGCAUAACAAGCGGCUUUCCAUAUAGUAGUAUGUCAUUGACGUCAGCUAUGGUCUGUAUACUUUGUACAUGUACUUGUAGAAAUAGAUUAUUAUUAUUAUUAUUAUUAUUAUUUAUUAUUAUUAUUAUUAUUAUUAUUAUUAUUAUUAUUAUUAUUAUUAUUAUUAUAUUGUGCCGGUGGUUCACGGGGUUUAGAAUACUCCACAUCAAAUGUUCAGCCCAGAGGUCGAAGAUGUUGCAGAGCAUCUCCUGGCAGAGCUUGACGCAGGUGAAGGGGGGGGGCUCUUGAUCCAAGGUAGUGUUGAACCCUGCGGGUCCGGCGUUCUAACAUUCCCAAGGACUGAGCUCUAAGCAGAGCAAUUUAACAUCUGUAAUAAA